GCAACAUGGCGGACAGAUUAGCUCCGCUUAUGCAACUGUAAAUGUGUUUUUAGACCAAAAAUAAUGGAAAAGAUAAUGGCUAUUAUUGCCAUAUCGUUAGGAAAGAAAGCAACAGUUUAUGCUGUAGGAAGGUAUUAUGGAUUUCCAAGAGUAUACAGAAGGCUGUGUGAAUUUAACAGAAGAGUUAGUGCUGAUAGACAAAUUAUGAGAAGAAGACAGGACAUUGUAAAAAGUAUAUUUAGAAUUCCAAACAAAAUUUUUGCUUUAUUCAGAAGAAAAAGUAAAACCACAUGACAUUGGGCUAAAGAGAACAACCAAAUAAAUACUUAAUUGUUGAGGACGAUAGAGACAUUAUUGUGAAGAUAAGACCUUACAUCCCAAGAUAAAGAUUGGAUGAAGAACAAGUAUAUAACUUUUCUUCAAAACCUCCACAAGGCUGGAGAAAACACUGCUGAUUAAAAAUUGUGGGCAUAUCCAGAUAUGAAUGCAGGGCUUGCACACACCCUCCAGAGAUAUGGCCUUUGCUACCCAUUAUAUCCUUAGCCAUUAUACUCUUUGCUACUUUUCUUUAUAUAAAACUCCUUCGUGACCAAAUUUGUGGUGGUCACUUCUCGAUGAAGAAAAGCCUUGAUUUGUCCAAAAUGCUUACGCUUGAUUAAGUGUAAGUUGUUUUUAAAAUAAAUUGUUUUUCAAAAAAGAUAAUAAGAUCCUAUCUAAGGCCAUCUGUCUUGUGUAGUGUUAAUAACCGGUUAAGUUCUGUGACAGUGCAAUGUCUACGCCAUGAUUUAUCGUUUUCCGCAGUCCUGUGAAAUCUGCUCUAUUCAUAGGGACAAAAUAUUUAUUGUAAAAUUAUAGUUAAUUGCAAACAUUAAAAAGGGAAACAAAAACAUA